ACUCACCUGUCCCGGUCCCUUCUCAAGCAGCAGGACCACAUCACGCGGCAAACCUGCUCAAAGAACCAGUAGAGUACGUCACCAUGUCCGACCGGGGCGCAUUCGAUACUAAUGUCGUUACCCUCACGAGAUUCGUGCAGGAGGAGGGAAGGAAGGCGAAGGGAACGGGAGAACUGACAACCCUCCUCAACUCUAUCUGCACGGCCGUCAAAGCUAUCUCCACUGCUGUCAGGAAAGCUGGGAUUGCCAACCUCUAUGGCAUUGCUGGGAGCACCAAUGUGACCGGUGACCAGGUGAAGAAACUGGAUGUUCUGUCCAAUGACCUGGUCAUCAACAUGAUCAAGUCCUCUUUCACCUCCUGUGUCCUGGUGUCAGAGGAGAACGAGAGGGCCGUCAUUGUGGAGCCAGAGAAACAGGGAAAAUAUAUUGUGUGCUUCGACCCACUGGAUGGCUCGUCAAACAUUGACUGUCUUGUAUCAAUUGGAACCAUUUUUGCCAUCUACAGAAAGACAACAGAUGAUGAGCCCAAUGAGAAGGAUGCGCUGCAGUCUGGACGUCACAUCGUUGCUGCCGGUUAUGCCCUCUACGGCAGCGCCACCAUGAUGGUGCUCUCCACAGGUCAAGGGGUCAACUGCUUCAUGCUCGACCCUUCGAUUGGGGAGUUUAUCCUGACAGAUAAGGACGUGAAGAUCAAGAAGAGGGGGAAGAUCUACAGUCUGAACGAAGGCUAUGCUCAGCACUUCUAUCCAGACAUCACAGAAUACCUGAAGAAGAAGAAAUAUCCAGAGGAUGGGAGUGUCCCCUAUGGUGGGCGUUAUGUUGGCUCCAUGGUGGCUGAUGUGCACAGGACUUUGGUGUAUGGAGGAAUCUUCUUAUACCCUGCCAAUGUCAAGAGCCCCAAGGGCAAGCUGAGGCUACUGUACGAGUGCAACCCCAUGUCUUUCAUCAUCGAGCAGUCUGGAGGCAUGGCCACCACGGGGGAGGUUAAUGUCCUGGACAUCCAGCCAGAGAACAUCCACCAGAGAGUCCCUGUGGUCCUGGGCUCCCCUGAAGACGUCCAGGAGUACAUCGCCAUCUACAAGAGGACACGCAUGUGAGACUGUGCUGGAGCCUUCUCUGGAUCCACCAUGACCUGCUUGUCCACGAAGGUCAACCUUUGACCUGACCCUGAGCUAGUAAUCUUUGUAUCAUAUGAAUGGAGCUGUGGAUGUACAGUGUAUGUAUGUAUGUAUGUAUGUAUGUAUGUAUGUAUGUAUGUAUGUAUCACACACUACCGUUCAAAAGUUUGGG